GCUGCUGAGCCGUUGUUUGGGUUUUUGUUGCUAGAUAGAUAUCUGACCAAGUGCUUUGUGUUAGGCUCUUUUGCUUACACGGAGUGCAGCUCUCAUGGUGCUCAGCCAUCCACAUGUGUGCAUUUUUAGGAGAGUAAGUAAUGGAAGGGGAUGAAUCCAUCGUUAAAAAGAGGGUUCUUCCGCAGUGGAUGACAGAGGAGAAGGUGAACAGAACGUCACAAAGAGAUGUAAAAAGAAAAAAAAUAAUAUCUUCCAGGAAGCGGACUGUGUAUUGUUUAAAUGAAAUGGAGCUUGUGGAUUAUGCUGUAGAGAUAAUUAAUAAGAGUAAAAUGCAGUUGGGUAAAGAAGAGAGAAAUACAAAAAUGAUACCUGAAGAUGUAGAGAUUGCCGAUACACCACCCAGUCCAGUUUUAGUGUCACAAAGCCCAAAACUUCCUGUUUCACCUGCCACAAAUUGUGAAACAACCACAAUGGCAUCUAGGACUCAUUCUGAGAACGAUGACGACCCAUUGAAAUUUGUCAGAGAAAUAUUUUUUAGUUGAUCAUAGCAAGAAGACAAUCAAGUCUACAGAACCCUCCAGUUUGUUUUAAUUUUUUUUUUUGUGGAGUGUAUUUUUUUAAGAAACUCUAUGGACAC